AUGAGUACCUUUCAUCUAAAAACUCGUCAAGUUCUGUAUUCGAUUGUACAACGUCGGGCAUUUACUACGAAACAAAAGCUUGGAAAAAACAGCCCUCUUCCAGGAUGGGAUCCCCACUCUGAAUACUUUCAUCCAGGUCCUACGAUGGCCCAUCGUUUAGAAGAGCAUAUGAAUGACACGGUUAUGUCUGAUGUUUUAGUAGGUACCUAUAAACAUAAUGUUGAUUUUGUGGAUUCAUCUCCCCAUUUUCACGAACCAGCAGACCGUCUGGUUCGAUGGAAGGGCGACAACCCAUAUUACAAAAAUCGACCCCCUCGCCAUUUUCGUGGAUAUAAACCCCUUCUUCCUUACAAGCGACCAGUUCGUCCAGAAAAUCUCCCUAAUAUAUCAAAAGUUGUCGUAAGUACUAUGGUUAAAGAGGCCCUACAGGAUAAGUCUCAUCUGUUGAGUACUAUUAUGGCUUUUCGUUCUAUUACCGGUGUUGAACCAGAAAUAAUAAAAGCUAGGAAAGAUGUCUCCCCAUGGAGAUUGAGAUCUGGUUUCCCUGUAGGAGCGAGCGUGACUCUGGAGGGUGAGCCAAUGUAUAACUUUUUGUCUGUUCUUUCCGAGUUAGUCCUACCUCAGCUUCACGACUUCAAAGGCAUCUCUUCGACAGUUGGAGAUCAAACAGGUAAUAUUUCUUUUGGUCUUCCCGGAAAUGCUUUACCUCUUUUCCCCCAAAUUGAAGCUGUAUACGAAAUGUAUCCCCACUCUCUUCCCGGCUUUCAUGUUAACGUCGUAACAAAUGCCCAAGAUACGCGAUUGGCAAGGUUUGCCCUUAGCAGCUUAAUUCCAUUCAAAACGCGAAAUCCUGAGGAUGAUGUUCAAUAA